UUUGAAAACGCAGGCGGCAAGCCAACGAAAUUCGCGACCGUAACUCGGAUUGUCGUCUGUGGAUACUCGAUCGCCUAGGGCGUAAUUUCGACUCGAAUUUGAAUCCGACUCCAAUCGAGGCCGCUCCUGCGUAUAUUUCCACCCCGAAUUUCGUCGACCGAUCCAUCCGCUCGACACCCACCUCCCCUCGUCCGGCGAUCCCGCCUCCACCGCGCGCGGAUCCCCUCUCCAGCAACCAAAGCGCGCGGCUCGCUGCGCCGAGCUAGCGCGAUGCCCCCCCGCAAGCGGCCCGCCGCCGUCCUCGACGCCGGUCACGCCACCACGACGACGAGUAGACAAUCGUCGGCGUCCUGCAAGAGGAGCCGCACCAGAAUCCGAAGCACCGAGGAGUACGAGGAGGAGACCCGCCUCGGCGAGGGCGGCUUCGGCUGCGUCCUCCUGGCGCGCCACCGCGACACCCACAAGAUCGUCGCCAUCAAGUACCUCUACUGGCCGGACGGGUCCCAGCAGCCCCCCGACGCCGCCGAGCUUCUGCGGGAGGCCCGAUUCCUCGAGGCCUGCGACGGGAACCCCUACGUCGUCGGCUUCGAGGGCCUGGUGCGCGACCCCGACAACGGCGCCUUCGGCCUCGUCAUGGAGUACGUCGCCGCGCCGAGCCUCCACAAGUUCCUGCGGAACAGGCGCAGCGGCCAGCCGCUCCCGGAGUCCACCGUGCGCGCCAUCAUGUGGAAGCUCCUCACCGGUGCCAAGACGAUGCACGGCCGCCACGUCGUCCACCGCGACAUCAAGCCCGGCAACAUCCUCGUCGGCCAAGACGGGGAGCUCGUCAAAAUCUGCGACUUUGGGCUGGCGAUCUCCAUGUCCGAGCUGCCGCCGUACAACCAGGCCGGCACGCCGUUCUACGUGGCGCCCGAGGUGCUCCUGGGGAAGCGGGACUACGACGCGCUCGUGGACACGUGGUCUAUCGGCUGCGUCAUGGCCGAGAUGCUCACCGGUAAGACGCUGUUCCUCGGCGAUGAUGACGACGACGCCGCAGACAAUGAGAUCGUCCAGCUCUGGAGCAUCUUCCGCUUGCUCGGGACGCCGGACGAGAGGACGUGGCCGGAGUUCACGUCGCUGCCGCUCACCGCAAAGGCGCUGAAACUGCUACCGCGGGGGCACAAGCACGACAAGCUGCGGGAACUGUUCCCUCAAGAGAAGCUGUCCGAGCAUGGGUUCCAGGUGUUGCAAGGCCUUCUCACGUGCAACCCCAACCAGCGACUGACGGCGGCCACGGCGCUCAAGCACCGAUGGUUUGCUGCUCCUCGUACAGCCGCCGCCGCUCCAAAGGUCGAAAAGAAGGCACCAAGGACCAAGUUCAUCCCGCCGGCCAUGCCGCAGAAGAAUCUACUCAAAAUUCCACUCGCCGUGUGGAACGCAGCACAACAAGUGUAG